AUGUGUGAUUCUAACUGGUGGAGAAACAUUGAACAAAAUAUUCCAUUGGGGGCACAUGUUAUGCCAAUCAUUCUCUAUUCAGACGCUACUCUUUGUGAUUAUUUAGGCAAGGCAUCGAGACAUCCUGUAUUUAUGACACUUGAAAAUAUUCUCUUAGCUCAUCGUAACAAGGUUGAUACCAAAAUUUUACUUGGUUAUAUUCCAA